AUGAAGAUUAAAGCUUUCACUCUUAUGCCUAUGUUAGUCCUUUUAUCUUUCUUUCAUCUUUCUUUGAUUGCUUGUCGUAAAAGUGUUGAUGGCUUCACUCUGGAUCUUAUCCAUCAUGAUUCUCCUCUUUCACCCUUUUACAAUCCAUCAAACACUCCAUUUGAACGCCUUCAAAAUGCCUUCCACCACUCAAUCUCCCGCGCUUCCUUCUUCAAGAAAAAAAUUGUCAAUGCAAUCCAACCAAGUAUUAUUACAACCUCUGUUGAUGGAUACCUCAUGAAAAUCUCAAUUGGAACCCCCCCUAUAGACAUUCUUGUCAUUGUUGAUACUGCUAGUGACUUGACAUGGACACAAUGUGAGCCUUGUAUUGAUUGCUUCGAACAAUUGGCACCUAUUUUCAAUCCCAAGAAUAGCUCUUCUUACAAGACUAUUGGUUGUAACAAUAAAAUUUGUCAAGUAGAUAAUGGUUUUCUCACAUGUAGGAAUAAUACAUGUAAUUAUGAAGCAAUUUAUGAAGACCAAUCUCAUACCAUAGGUGAUCUUUCUAUUGAAACUUUCACAUUUGCUUCUACUUGUGGUGAAAAUAUCUCAAUUCCUAACAUUGCCUUUGGUUGUGGACAUGCCAAUAGAGAUAGUUUCACUAAUAAUGCCAUUUCUGGCAUCAUUGGCUUAGGUGGUGGCAAUGUCUCAAUUGUCAACCAAAUGAAUAAAGAAAUCAAAGGGAAAUUCUCAUAUUGUUUCAUCCCAUUGGAAUUAUUGUUAGAUAGUUCCAAUGCAACUAGUCACAUCAACUUUGGUGACAACGCUGUCGUGUUAGGUCCUAAUGUUGUUUCAACUCCCUUGAUAUUACGUGAAGAGGAUCCAAUCUCCUAUUAUCUAACUUUGGAAAGUAUUAGCAUUGGAAAUAAGACUUUGCCAUUCAGAUCUUCUAAAAUUAGUCCCAACGAUCAAGGUAACAUUAUAAUUGAUUCUGGGACAACAUAUACGUUUGUUCCUUUUGACUUUUAUGCGAAUUUGGAGAAAACAUUGGUGUCUUUGAUUAAUGCUACGAGGAAGAACGAUCCAUCUGGGUUCUUAAAGUUAUGUUAUGAGUCCCAGAAGGGCACUAUCAAUGUUCCCAAGAUUGUUGCACAUUUUACAAAUGCAGAUAUAGAGUUGCCAACAACAAACACAUUUACACAAUUGGAUGAAUGUUUGGUUUGUUUCACAAUGUUGCAUGAUGAUGAAAUUGCUAUAUUUGGGAACUUGGCACAAAUGAAUUUCUUAAUUGGAUUUGAUCUUGUGGCUAACAAAGUUUCAUUUUUGCCUACUGAUUGCACUAAGCACUAA